AUGUCUGAAACGGGCAUCAUUGACGUUUUUGUGUUCCUUGGUCCAACUGCUUCUGACAUUCUUAAAUCGUACGCUACCAUUACUGGAUUCACGCCUCUUCCAAGACAGUUUGCCAUUGGUUAUCAUCAGUGUAGAUGGAACUAUAUCAACAAAAAUGACGUAUUAGAAGUGGAUGAGGGGUUUGAUAAUCAUGGUAUACCAUAUGAUGUUAUAUGGUUAGACAUCGAACAUACAGACGGAAAAAAGUAUUUCAGCUGGGAUCCGACGAAAUUUGCAGAGCCAGAAGAGAUGUUGGAGGAACUAGAUCGGAAAGGAAGGAAGGCAGUGACAAUCGUAGAUCCUCACCUGAAACGAGACGAUGACUACUAUGUAUAUAAAGAAGCCAAGGAUAAUGAUUUACUGAUCAAGAAAUCCGACAAUACUGUAUUCGAUGGGUGGUGUUGGCCGGGAAGUUCUUCCUGGGUAGAUUAUACAAACCCUAAAGCCCAAAGGUGGUGGGCGGGGAAGUUUGGGUUUGACCAAUAUAAAGGAUCUAGAGACAAUCUGUUCAUUUGGAAUGACAUGAACGAGGCAAGAAGAUUUUACAUCCAUCCUUCUGUGUUCAAUGGACCCGAAAUCACGUUCCCCAAGGAUCUAGUCCACUACGACGGAUGGGAACAUCGAAAUGUACACAACAUCUACGGUCUUUUAUUACAUGCAGCAACGUCAAGAGGAGUUCGAUCCCGCACUGAUCCUCCACUCCGCCCGUUUGUUCUCUCUCGAGCAUACUUUGCUGGUUCCCAGCGAUAUGGUGCAAUUUGGACUGGCGAUAACUAUGCGAAAUGGUCUCAUUUGCGAGCAACCGUUCCCAUGCUUCUAUCCAACUCGAUCGCCGGAAUGGCAUUUGCCGGAGCGGACGUUGGUGGGUUUUUUGGCAAUCCCGAACCGGAAUUGUUGGUGAGAUGGUAUCAAGCAGGAGCUUUCCAGCCGUUCUUUAGAGGUCAUGCACACAUUGAUACAAAACGAAGGGAGCCGUGGCUGUUUGGAGAAGAAAACACAAAGUUAAUUAGGAAUGCCGUCAGAGAGAGAUAUGCGUUGUUGCCACUUUUGUAUAGUCUUUUCUACGAGGCCAAUGUUACAGGAUUGCCUAUUAUGAGACCAAUGUUCUUAGUCCAUCCUUCAGCUAAAGAGGCUUUUGGAAUUGAUGACCAAUUCUACGUCGGUGACUCUCUCAUUGUAAAACCUAUUACUGCCGAAGGCGUUGUGGUCACAGAUGUUCAUCUUCCAACUGAUGAUCUUUACUACGAUUACUGGACAUAUGUAGCAACCAGUGGGCCUGGUAACGUCCAAGUUGACGCGCCUCUGGACAGAAUACCUGUUUUUAUCCGUGGUGGAUCGAUAAUCCCCCGACGACAGAGGUUCAGGCGAUCUUCUCAUUCUAUGCGAUAUGAUCCGCUUACUCUAGUAGUUGCCUUGAAUAGGAAAAGAGAAGCUAGCGGAAAUUUGUAUCUAGAUGACGGAGACAGUUAUGAUCACUUGGAUGGCCAUUAUAUCUAUUGCAGAUUUACGUACAAGGAUAACACCUUAACGUCCGUAUCAAAUGGCGGAAACGCAAGCAAGAAUAAGUUUGCCAAGACGAUAGAUGGUGUGAGAGUGGAAAGAGUGAUUAUUGUUGGUUUGAAGAAAAAGCCGGAAAAGAUUGUAGCUAGACAUGCGGGAGACAAGAAGGGUGUUGAACCUGUAUUUUACUGGGGACGCAAGAAUGUCAUUGGAACUGGAAUAAUUCAUACGAAUACCAACGAAGACGUGUUGGUCAUCAAAAAUCCGAACUUGCUUAUUCACAAAAACUGGGAAAUUGAGUUGACUGCGCGUAACAAAGAAAAAGCACAAUCAAUUCUUUACCGUUUCCGCGAAGCUCAGGCUGCAGAGCUCGGUCUUAUAAGACAAAAGGAGCGAAGACCGUACCUAGCGUCAGAAUGUAAUAACAGGCAAGAAGCAGAAAAGUGGCGACAACAGAUCGUUAGAGAGAUUUCGAGGAAAGUGUCGAAAAUUCAGGAUGCUGGACUGUCCGAUUAUCAGAUAAGAGACUUGAACGAUGAGAUUAACAAGCUUAUGAGAGAGAAGGGACACUGGGAAGAUCAGAUCAAAAGGCUGGGAGGGCCCGAUUAUAAGCGGAUUGGGCCAAAAAUGCUCGAUUAUGAAGGUAAAGAAGUACCAGGCAAUAGAGGAUAUAAAUACUUUGGUCGAGCAAAAGAUUUACCUGGUGUGCGGGAAUUAUUUCAACAAGAAGCGCCGGAUCUUCCAAAAAGAACACGGUUUGACUUGUACAAGAAUGUGGAUGCCGAUUACUAUGGUUAUCGAGACGAAGAAGAUGGGACGUUACUGGAAUAUGAAAGAGAGCGGCAAGCUCAAGUGAUAGCAAAAGCUCUAGCGCUACCUGACGGAGCAGAGCCGACGGACAAAUCUCUCCAAAAACAAAAACAAGUCGAUGCACGAACAUCACUGAUGGAUAUAGACCAAGAGGAAAAAUAUGUGGCUCACGUUGCUGUGCCAUCGCAGAAGGAAAUCGAAGAGUAUUUAGUGCGAAGACGAAAGAGACAAAUGUUGGAGAGAUAUACAGAAGUCUCUUGA